AUUUCAUCUAGUGGAUAGGAUCUAUCAGCUGCCUGUGAAGCGGUUAACGUGUAGUAACAGGUAUAUAAGCUGGCAAUUGCCCUCCAAGCAGUCUCUCUGUCAUGGUUGGUCAAGAAUACAUCAUUGAGUCGUUGAGAGUUCACCUGGACCAGUAAGGCGAGAUGCCUGCCCGUCUUCAGCAUCGCCCACAAGGCAAUUCUACCAUCGCUCCCUCGGAGGGCGAAGGUCAAACAGACAGACCAUCGUCUCCGCAAGUUCACUUGACCUAUGAGGAUGAAGAUGCCAUUGCUGAGAUUCACCGUACCCUUACGAGCAGUAAGGCAUACGAUUAUUCCGAGCCCCAUUCUUCAUUCGACAAAUUCUUGGAGGCAGAGUUGCAAGCCGGGAGAAAGAAGCCCAACCUUGGUGUUUGCUUCCAGUCCCUCUCAACGUGGGGUGCAGGCGGGGAACACGCCAACGUCAAGACUCUAGGAACUGCAUUAUGGCGUACCCUCACCUUCCAGGAUGUCUACGAAUGGACCAUCAAGCCCUGGCUUUCGAAGCCGGAACCUCAGAGUGGACGCCAACUUAUUCGAGAUUUUACGGGUGUUGUUCGAAGUGGUGAGAUUAUGCUUAUCCUUGGACGACCCGGAGCCGGAUGUUCGACUUUUCUCAGAACGGUUGCUGGCCACCAUUCCUCUUUCCUCGGUGUCACAGGUUCCAUCGACUACUCAGGUCUCAGCCUAGAAGAAGUCAAGAAACACUACCGCGGCGAAGUUGUGUACGUCCCGGAAGACGAUGUCCACUUUCCCACCUUGAACGUUCGACAGACUCUAGAAUUCGCACUUCAGAGUAAAACGCCCAGAAGAUACCACGACAAAAUACCCCAGUAUCUCGAGAUCUACGGCAGAGUCUUUGGCAUGUCCCACACUAUGGGCACCUUGGUUGGCAACGAGUAUAUCCGGGGAGUAUCAGGAGGCGAACGUAAGCGAAUCUCCAUCAUUGAGUCCUUGGCCACGGGCUCGUCAGUCACUUGUUGGGACAAUUCAUCUCGAGGCUUAGAUGCAACAACUGCUCUUGAUUACGCGCGAAGCCUGCGGAUCAUGACCGACACUUGCGGCAAGGCCACUUUGAUGACUCUAUAUCAAGCAUCUGACGCAAUCUAUGACCUAGUCGACAAGGUACUUCUUAUCGAUGAAGGGAGGAUGCUCUUCCAAGGUGCCGCGCAUGAGGCGAAGGCUUAUUUCGAAGACCUGGGAUACGAAUGUGGAAAAAUGCAGACUACUUCGGAUUUUCUAACCAGCAUCACCGUCCCAGAGAGAAGGAAAUUUCGACCGGGCUGGGAACACCGUGCACCCAAAGGACCCAUUGAGCUAGAAGAAGCCUUCAGGAAGAGCAGUGCCUUCGGAAGGAUCGAAAAGCAAGUGGAGACUUAUGACAACCAAGGCUUCGGUGGAAAAAGCGGCGCUCCAUCGCAAGCUGAUACAGAUUAUGGAAGUUUGGAGGAAUUCAAACAGGCCUUCCAAAGCAAUAAAUCACGGUUUGUGUCACCGAAGUCCUCGUACACUAUCAGUUUUCCCCGGCAAGUGGUUCUGUCCGCCAAACGGCAGAUCUGGCAGAUCAAAGGUCACAUGGCACCACUCUAUAUCAAAUUGAUCUCUUGUAUUGUAUAUGGACUUCUUGUUGGAUCCAUGUUCUACGACCAGCCUCAGACGACGGAUGGCAUGUAUUCCCGAGGAGGUGUACUUUUCUACUCGUCCAUCUUACUGGCCUGGCUUCAGAUGUCUGAAUUGGAGGACGCAAUGCAGGGACGAGACAUUCUAAGUCGUCAGAAGAAGUUUGCAUUUGUACGACCUAGUGCUGUGUGUCUUGCUCGGGUGAUUGCAGAUAUCUUGGUCGCUGCCGUCCUUACGUUCCUUUACUUGAUUGUGGUCUACUUCCUCGCUGGAUUGAAAGCAGACGCUGGAUCUUUCUUCAUCGACUUCUUGUUCAUUUAUAUGUGUACGAUUUGCUUGACUGCGUUGUUCCGCUUGUUCGCCGCGGCAUCAUCCAACUUCGAAGUGGCGCUACGUUACUGCGGACUAAUUGUUCUCUUCGCAAUCGUCUUCGGAGGCUACGUUCUCUCUGUAGACAAAAUGAUGGCAGAUGUUCCCUGGGUGGGAUGGAUAGCAUAUACGACACCAGCACUGUACACGUACGAGGCGACGAUGGCAGCAGAAUUCCACAACACAAACUUUACCUGCUCUCAAGGCUCCGUUGUCCCCUCCGGUCCCGGUUACAUCGACGUCGCAUAUCAGACAUGCGCCUAUACGGGAAGCCAGAUGGGCACCACAGUUGUAAACGGUGAUGAUUACCUUGCAGAGAAAUACGGAUUCUACUUCAGCAAUGUCUGGCGCAAUUUUGGCAUCCUAUGCCUGUUCACAGUCGCUUAUGUUGUUGGUACUUGCUGGCUUAGUGAGGUCAUGGAAUGGGAGCCUGGCAGUGCUGGGCCAAUCCAAUACAAGAAGUCUCGCAAGCAAACGAAGAACCCGAGAAUCAACGAUGAGGAGGGUGGACCUGUGCAAACCAACGAAAGCUCCCUAGCAUCGUCAGAACUUCAGGAGGGCCAGGCUCUUACCGCUACAAGUUCGACUUUUACUUGGGAUAACCUGGAGCUUUUUGUACAAGUCGGGAAGGAGAAUCGCAAGCUAUUGGAUAGCGUGAGUGGCUAUUGCAAACCGGGAUCUCUCACUGCCCUGGUUGGCGCUUCUGGUGCUGGAAAGUCCACAUUGUUGACUGCCCUUACCCAGAGACAGAGCUCUGGAGAAUUGACCGGCACGAUGUAUGUCGACGGGAAACCCAUUGAUGAAUCGUUCAACCGCCGGAUCGGCUACUGCCAGCAAAUGGACAUCCACGACGAGAGUAGCACUGUCCGUGAGGCUUUUGAGUUUUCAGCAUUGCUUCGCCAAGCACCCGAUGUGCCUGACGAGGAAAAGCUGGCCUAUGCGAGGACCGUUUUGAUGACUCUAGACCUGGUCGACCUGCAGGAUGCUGUUAUUGGCUCUUUGGACAUUGAGAAGAAGAAGCGCGUUACCAUCGGCGUCGAGCUUUGCGCAAGACCUGAGAUGCUCUUGUUUUUGGAUGAGCCAACGUCUGGCUUGGAUUCUCAGGCUGCGUCAAACACGUGCGCUCUACUCCGUCGGCUGGCUGAUCAGGGGUUGGCUAUUCUGUGCACCAUCCACCAAGCGAAUCAGGAGCAGUUUGAACAGUUUGACCGAGUGUUGGCUCUUAGCCCCGGUGGCAAGACCUAUUAUUUCGGAGAGGUAGGAGAGUCUGGAAGCGCCAUAUUCGAGUACUUUACAAAGCAUAACGAAAAGCCGGAGAACGUCACCAACGCCGCCGAUUUUCUUAUCGAGGUGGUUGUUGGUGGGAUGAAAAGCAGCACCAACUGCCGCGACUGGGCCAGCAUAUGGACUCAUUCUAACGAGGCCCGGAAAGUCCAAGAGGAAAUUGCCAACAUCAGAUGUAAGAGGGAAAAUGCUACAGAAUCUGGCGCCACACGGCAAAGCAUGCCUCCACUUUCCCGCCAGAUCUUCCUUCUCACUCAAAGAACUCUGCGUCAAUUCUGGAGAAGCCCUGAGUACCCGUACUCUCGGAUUUAUGCUUCCUUCUUUCACGCAUUGAUCAACGGUCUCACCUACCUUCAGAUUGGAAACAGCACUACGGACCUGCAGUCGAAGGCCUUCUCGUGCUUCUUGGUUCUCAUGCUCGUACCGGAGUUUAUCAACGCCAUCUCUAUGCGAUUCAUCAUGAACCGCGACCUGUGGAAGGCAAGAGAAGGUCCCAGCGGAAUAUACGGAUGGAUUGCCUUUUGCACAGCGCAAAUCGUGUCAGAGAUACCCUACGCCAUCGUCAGCGCCGUCAUAUUCUUUGUCUUGUACUAUUUCACCGUCGGCCUUCCUCUCGGAUUUGCGGCAGGCUACAGCUUUCUUAUGUUCUUCCUCUUCUUCCUGUUCGCAACGUCCUGGGGCCAGUGGAUUGCAGCUUUAAGUGCCGACUCCCUGGUCGCUGCGACCCUCAUGCCGUUCUUCGUCAUCAUGUGCGAGCUCUUCAACGGAGUCCUUCAACCUCACGACAACAUGCCAGCAUUCUGGGCUUACACCAUGUACUACGCCACCCCAUUCACAUACUGGAUCGGUGGAGUCCUGACCUCUGUCCUUCGCGGAAUGCCCGUCGUCUGUGCCGAGAGCGAAUUAACCCUCUUCCAAAGCCCGCCCAACAUGACCUGUGGCCAAUACGCGGGGCCCUGGCUAUUGGAGAAGGGCGUCGGAUACCUCUCCAACCCUGACGGUAUGGGCGAGUGUGGCUACUGCGAGUAUAGUUAUGGGGAUGAUUACCUCUCGGGAAUCGGCCUCGAUUCAUCCAAGAUCUGGCCUUACUUUGGCAUCUUUUUGGCGUUUGUGAUUUCGAACUAUCUGAUGGUUUACCUGUUGGUUUACGUCCGGUCCGUCAUGAAGCCAUUCUGGCGGCGCGCAUAGAUAGAUCUGCGUCACACAAAAUUUGCAUUUGCAUGUACAUAGAGUAAGAUAGACUUUCUACCUAGCCUCUCAAGGCAUAGACUAAAUAUUAACCAAUUCCAACUAUCGCUACG